AUACGUAACUGGAUUCAAGUAAAGGGGUUGUAGAUUAAUAGAAAGAAAAACAAGCAAAAGUAGCUGCUUGAAUUCAGAAGAAAGAAUGUGGAUGUCAAAAACUUCUACUUCGGAGAAGAAAGAAACAAAAAAUAAUAGUAGUUUGGUAGCAGUGGCAAUAGACAGGGACAAAGGCAGCCAAAAUGCUAUUAAGUGGGCUAUUGAUAAUAUCUUAUACAAAGGCCAAACACUUGUUCUCAUUCACGUCAAACUCAAGUCAGCUGCAGCUCUUUCUCCUUCGCCUUCUCUUCCACCACCAAGUAUGCCAUUCUCUUAUUUCAUUUUCAAACAUUUUUGUUUAAUGGGAUUAUUUAAUAUAUCCAAUGUUGCUGCAGGGAUUAACCAAAUAAGUGAUAUAAAUGGUGAUAGUUCAUUGGUAUGUAGAGAUCCUGAUCCCCAAACUAAGGAAAUCUUCUUGCCUUUCCGCUGCUUUUGUACUCGAAAAGAUAUAAAUUGCAAAGAUGUGGUGCUAGAAGACAGUGAUGUGUCAAAAGCAUUAAUCGAAUACGUUUCCCAGACAGCAAUUGAGACUCUGGUUGUUGGUGCCUCUGGCAAUAAAGGUUUUCUUAGAUUCAAGAUGACUGAUAUACCUGGUAAUGUACUAAAAGGAGCACCAGAUUUUUGCACUGUUUAUGUGAUUUCUAAAGGGAAGAUUUCAUCAAUGCGAUCUGCCUCACGUCCUGCCCCACCCGUCUCCCCACUACGUAACCAGUUACUUAUAAAUCAAGGAAACAUAAGACCACCUCAACCGGAGAGAUAUGUUCACCCAACUCCUAGUAUAAGAGCCCCUGCGCCACAAGUGGAGGCGCCACCGCGUAAAUCAUCUGAAGAUUCAGAUUUCUUCAGGUCUCCUUUUACUAGGAGAGGCUUAAACGGUAAAUCAUAUGGCGAACUUCCUCUACCGGAUUCAGACAUAUCUUAUGUGAGCAGUGGGAGGCCGAGCAUCGACCGCAUAUUUCCAGGAUUCUGUGAUAGCCAAAGCACAGAAGGGCGAACCCCACCACGACUCUCUAACCAUUCGGAUGUAGAUAGCAACUACAGUUUUGAGUCAAUUCAGAUCGGAAGAAGAUCACUGGAUUGUAACUCUCUAAGUGAUUUCUCAUCAGUCUCACAGGAUUAUGACAGACUCUCAUCCGCAUCUCAAACAGCCGAUGACGUGGAAGCUGAAAUGAGGAGGCUAAGGCUGGAACUCAAGCAAACUAUGGAAAUGUACAGUACCGCCUGUAAAGAAGCACUCUCAGCAAAACAAAGGGCAACUGAACUCCAACGCUGGAAAAUGGAAGAAGAACGGAGAUUGGAGGAGGCGCGCCUUGCUGAGGAAGCUGCAAUAGCCGUUGCAGAAAGGGAGAAAGCCAAGUCAAAAGCAGCCAUAGAAGCAGCUGAAGCAGCUCAAAGAAUUGCGGAAAUGGAAGCCCAGAAAAGAAGAAGCGCAGAAAGGAAAGCACUGAAAGAAGGAGAAGAAAAGAAAAAAGCACUAACUGCUCUGGCGCAUACAGAUGUGAGAUACAGGAAGUACUCGAUAGAGGAGAUUGAAUCUGCGACAGAAUUCUUUUCAGCCUCCCGCAAGAUUGGAGAAGGAGGUUAUGGACCAGUAUACAAAUGUAAUUUGGACCAUACACCUGUUGCAAUUAAGGUUUUACGUCCAGAUGCAGCUCAGGGGAGGUCACAGUUUCAGCAAGAGGUUGAGGUAUUGAGCUGCAUAAGACACCCUAACAUGGUUCUCCUUCUGGGAGCGUGUCCAGAGUAUGGAUGUUUAGUGUAUGAGUUUAUGGCGAAUGGAAGCUUAGAUGACCGUUUGUUCCGGCGUGGACACAGUCCAGCUCUGUCUUGGCAGCUUAGGUUUAAAGUCGCAGCUGAAAUUGGGACAGCCUUACUGUUUCUACACCAGACAAAACCUGAACCGCUUGUUCACCGUGACCUGAAACCAGCCAACAUCUUGCUUGAUCGUAACUUUGUAAGCAAGAUCAGUGAUGUUGGGUUGGCGAGGCUAGUCCCACCUACUGUGGCAGACACUGUGACACAGUAUCGAAUGACAUCAACAGCUGGAACAUUCUGCUAUAUAGAUCCAGAGUAUCAGCAAACAGGGAUGCUUGGUAUCAAGUCUGAUAUAUACUCACUUGGUAUUAUGUUUCUCCAAUUGAUAACAGCCAAACCACCAAUGGGGUUGACUCAUCAUGUAGAACGAGCUAUUGAGAAGGGCACUUUUGAAGAGAUGUUGGAUCCGGCUGUGCCUGAUUGGCCAGUCGAAGAGGCUUUGUCGUUUGCUAAGUUGUCACUUCAGUGUGCUGAGUUAAGGCGGAAAGACAGACCAGAUCUUGGUAAAGUUGUUUUGCCAGAACUUAACAGAUUGAGAGCACUUGCUGAAGAAACCAUGAACCCUCCAUUGUUUGUUGGCGGUUCUAGCCAAUCCCCCUUCCACAGCCAAGUUUCGUCAGCUGAGUCUAUCAGUGAUCCUCAGCUUAUACAAUCUUCUGAUUGAUGACUGCUCAACAUACCAUUCGGCUUGAUAGAGGAAAAAAUUAAGUUGGGAGUAAGUUUAGAUUUUGUAGAUGAUUAAACUGACGAUCUGUUUGAGUCACAAUGUUAGGUAUCAAAAGGCUUUUCCGGUCCCGACAUGUACAGAAAGAGAGUAUCAAGACCAGUUCGGAACAUUUUUCAGCUUGCACAUGGAAAUGGAUAUGGACAUGGGGUUCUUUUUCUUCCUUUUCCAAAUAGAGAAAUAUCUUUAACUACUCACCAUCUAGGCUCAGGAAGAGAGCUCUAAAUUAAAAGAGAACUUGAAUUUGUAUAUCUUUUACUUACAGCUAGAAAUAUACAUAGUAGAAAAUGAAUCAUAUCUUCUUCUAGCAUAGCUUGUUAUUUCAGAUUUAUACAACUACUUGCUUAAGAUGUUUGUGUAUGCUUUGUAAGACAGUAAUUUCUGUGUUUACUAAACUCAAGUGGGGGUGUUGAUGAACUUAUGUUAUAGGUUCUUCUGUGGAUGAAUUUGGCUGUGUAUUUGUUGCUGCAAUACAAUGCUUAAUAUAUUGCUAAAGAUUGCACAUAUAGAAACCCCACAUUAAA